CAAAACUUUUUUAUUUUACAAAAUGAAAUGUUCAAGAAUGCCCUUCUUAGACAUGCAUGCCUUAUAAAUAAUAUAAUGCAGAGCUUCACUUACAUGUUUUAUUGUGAGGUGCAUUACCUAAGUUGUAAAUCAUUUACCAAUGUAAAAGAUGAUCAUCAAAAGACCUGAGGAAAAUAAGAUAAUUUCAUGAUUUAUAAAUCCAUGAUGUUUCUGAGACCUUUCAGCUGAGACCUUCUGGCUAUCAGAAGCUGUGAUGUUCAAUUAUGAAACAGGACACGCUGCUGUUUCCAUAACCGUUUUAGAAAACACUUUUGUUUUUCUUUCCUUCCUGUCUGAGGUUAUGAUGAAGAGCCAGGUAGCGCUCCUUUAUGUCCUGGUCAUUAUGAGUGAGGGAUCAGCCCAAAGCCUGAAACCCCGCCAGAGCGUUUUCUUCUCAGAUGUUAACCUGAAGCUGUUUAAGGAGCCUGACUUUGACGGUUUGAGCUCCAUGCUGGUCAGGGAAGACAUCGGUCUGCUCUUCAUCGGAGCCAGAGGAAAGGUCAUCACGCUCAGUUUGGAUGACAUCACUGAGAAGACCGGCGAGGUAGGAACUGGGUCUGGGUGGUGAAACUUCAAUGAAAGU